UUCUUGUCAAAAAUGAUCGCCAAUAAACCCCAGUAAGCACCAGCCGUAUAACCUCGGCCAUAUGCAAAACAUGGCUGGAAGGAAUAUAUUGAAGACCGACGUGGAAGCUGUGUGUACUCGCUUGGAAUGCGUCCUCAAACUAUUUAACCCAACAAUAUAUGUCUUUUGUAUCAUCGACGGACUUAUAUAUGCACGUUCAAGUUUUUGUUACUUGCCCAGUCCGGUUAAUGAGGUUGAAAUUGUAUUAUCCAAAAUAAUAUUAUAUUGAAUUCCAUGAAGAGUACUUAAAACCGUAGGAUUUAGCAAUAUGAAAUGGAAUGCGGGAGUGGGGAAACCAUGUGUAGUUGGCGUAGAUAAGGUUUCGUACUGCUUUAUCAAGUGGCACGAAAAAAGGGGUAUUCUUUUGAACAGU